AUGUAACGCGAGACGUGAUUGACGUCACAUUUCGCGCGGAGUUUGUUGUUGGCGGAAAAGCUUCAGCCUGAAAGUCUGAACGUAUUGUUUUAUUCAGCUAAGUACCAAACGAGAUUUAAAUAUCUCAUUUUUCGCUGAUGAAGCUUUAGCUACUGGCUACUGGCGUGUUCAUGAAAUGUUAACUUAAGAGGUUAUUGCACUUUACGACCAACCUGAGCGAUGGAGUUUUCUCCUGUCUGCGCUGAAAGCAUCAGCACAGACGGGUGUGUUGUCAAAUCUGAUAGAGGUCACAGGAGAAACAAAGUCCCACGGGAUGUGGAGAUAGAUAUUGAGUUUCUCUACAAAGCUGUCCCUCAGCUGGCCAAGGUCUUCCGCAUCAUAGACAAAAUUGGAGAAGGUACAUUCAGCUCGGUGUAUCUGGGUGAGGCUCGGAUGCGGGAUGGGAGGAGAGAGCUGUUUGCCCUGAAGCAUCUCAUCCCGACCAGCCAUCCUACACGCAUUGCUGCUGAGCUUCAGUGUCUCACUGUUGCUGGAGGCAGAGAGAAUGUGAUGGGGGUGACAUACUGCUUCAGAAAGGAGGACCAUGUGGUGAUUGUUAUGCCCUAUAUGGAGCAUCAAGCUAUUGUGGACAUCAUUGGCUCAUUGAGCUUUGAAGAGGUCCGUCUGUACAUCUAUCACCUGUUGAAGGCCCUGAGACACAUUCACCAGUUUGGUAUCAUUCACAGAGACAUCAAGCCAAACAAUUUCCUGUACAACAGGCACAACAAAAUGUAUGCGCUGGUGGACUUCGGCCUGGCACAAGGCACAGCAGACACCCAGAUUGAGCUGCUGAAGGUGGUGAGACAGAAGCCGUCACAAAAAGGUGGAGGGUCCACAGAUAAACAAGACACCACACAGAGGAGCAAAGCACCACCUAGACUUUCUCCCAAAACCACCACAGCUUCGACCUCACUGCCUCCACCUCCACAGCAGUCCGCAACCUUACCACCUUCCUCCUCUUCUUCCUGCACCACCACCGCUACAUCCUCCUCAGCCUGUCGGAAAGCACCAGUUAAAAAAGCACGUUCUGUCACCACUGCCGCCACCUCUCGCACAAAACACACAAAGGAUUUGACAAGCCUACGCAAAGUGUCACGGCCUGUGUUUGGAGAGAGGAACCUGAACAGCUGCACUCCAGCUCCAUCUGCCACCAAACAAGCUGGCAUUAAGACAGAGGUGGUAAAGCCUGGAAGAACAGAGGACCCAGUCAGCCGAAGGUACUCUUCAGCCAGCAGGGGGCUGCUGCCUGCCCGGACCCACAGCAGCAGUCAGAAACCUCAGAGGGCCAUACAGCAGGGCCUCACAUGUAACUGUUACCUGACUGACCGGAUCUGCAACAUCUGCAUGUCCAGGAAGCAACAGGUGGCUCCCAGGGCAGGAACCCCCGGCUUCAGAGCACCAGAAGUCCUCACAAAGUGUCCCAACCAAGGAACAGCCAUCGACGUGUGGUCAGCUGGUGUGAUCCUGCUGUCACUGCUCAGUGGUCGUUACCCCUUCUUUAAAGCCAGCGAUGACCUGAUUGCCCUCACACAGAUCAUGACCAUACGAGGCUCCAGAGAGACCAUCCAGGCUGCCAAAAAAUUUGGUAAGGCAGUGGUUUGCAGCCGGGAGUUGCCUCGGCAGGACCUCAGGACGUUGUGUGAGACGCUGAGAGGGCGGAGGCCGUCACCAGAAGAUGAAGUCACACCACUUCCUGAAGCCAGUAAAGACUCCACCACGCCUCAUCGUCACAACAUCCAAGAUGAUACGCCAACACAUCGUCCCACUGAAGAAACAUUCAAGCAGGACAAUGACGGAUCAGCUCAAACUCUCCAAAAUCACCAGGAAUAUUUAAGGAACCCAGAAAACACUGACCUCACUAAACAGAGCUUAAAGAAAGAGCGCAAAGUGAAGGAAGAUGAACAGGGCUGGGACAGAGUUCCCGAUGAGGCUUAUGACCUGCUAGAUCAGCUGCUGGACCUGAACCCUGCCACCAGGAUCACAGCUGCACAGGCUCUGCAGCACCCACUGUUCACAGACCUGUGCAACGACAGACUGCCGCCGGAGCAGGACUCUCACAGCAGCACGACCGCAGCUACUGGCUCCCUACGCUUUGGUUCGCACUAAAGAAACUGGAUGCUGCAAAGACAAAAGGAUGUUUACAUAUUAAGAUAGAUGGUUUACCCACAAAUCGUAAUGUAGCAGAGGACUAAGGACUGAGUCUGACUAAGCCCUUUACAAGAAACAAACCUGCUGUGCACAGAAUCUUUUUAGCCAAGUGGGAAAAAGUUUUCAUGUGAUGAAAUGACCUGAACAAGAGACUCGAUGUGGUGCGUUUCUGUGUGAGAGGAAACUAGUUCUCUCUCUGUUGUCUCUCACCAACCUGAUGAAAUGCUUCAUGUAUUGUAAUAUUAGCAUUCAUUUGAGAUAGUGUUUACUUGCUGGCUCACAAGCCUGCACUAAACUUUGGUUUUUUUUUUUGCUUUUUUUUAAUGGCAGCUAUGGUACAGAGUAUUUUGAAAAUGGGCAUUUAAAGAGCUUUGGAUGUGUACUGUCAGCUUAUAACCAGGACAGGAAUAAUAUUGACUGAAGGCAUUAUACUGGCAGACUGUUGGCUGCUCUCUCAGUGGUUCAAGAGUCUUACAGUCUUACAGUUUAUAUUUAAUGUACAAGCUGUCUGGUGAAAUAAAUUUUUAACCCGAAGGUUCCUGAUGACCUCUGUGAAGAAUGAGCUACUUACAGCUGUUCACUGUGUGCCUGUAUUCCUUUCUACCUUUUUUCUUUCUUUUUUUUAUCUUUAAAGACAAAAAAUAGAAAACAUGAGGAGUCUUGUUGUUAUUGUAGGCUGCCAACAAGUCUAUCCUCUCUUGUUUCAAAACACCUUGUAUUUAAGAGACUCCACUGCCAUAACACCACAUGACCAGCGUAUUAAAUUUGAAAGAAUUUUUAAUUUGAAGAUGCAUAUGAAUUCCAUAUGUAUUUUAUGAAUGUUGCUGUAUGAGAAUCUGUUCUGUUAAUUUAUUACACCAAAAAAUGUAGUCUGCCUCACUCUGCUUCAGAUUUUCAAAUAAAGGGACAAAAAAAGUGUGUACUGAA